AUGAUGCAAGCAAUAAUUUUCCUAUCCUUCUAUGUCUUGCUAGUUGCCGGGACGGCUACGGAUACCUACCUAUAUUUGGCAGAUGCCACAGAGCAUCCCAUCAAGGAGUACAUAGGUGAAGAGAACCGGUUCAUGGAUUCCAACUCUCCUCGCGUAGUAGAGUUCUAUAGCCCAUCCUGUCCUGCUUGUGUUCAGUUCAAACCAAAAUACAUCAAGCUUGCGAAAGAGGUGACCGAAAAAUAUCCACAGAUCGAGUUCUUUGCCGUCUCCUGUGACGAUCACUUUGAUACGUGCAAUGAAUUUGGUAUUGAUGAUUUCCCCACUCUAAAGCUCUACAAGGCAGGAGAGGAUUCUGGAACCGAGAUGGCAGAUGACGAAGGUGGAUAUACGGUGGAUCAGAUUGUCGAAUUGCUCGACGUUUCAAAUGGAGAAUCGAUUGGAAUAGACAGGGAGAAUGAACCUGAAGGAGGUGCCGAAAACGUUGAUGAGGAAAACGACGAAAAUGAAGCAGACUCUGAUGCGAAUGAGGAAGGGUCAGGUGGAGAGAGGAGUGAGGAUAACAGUUAUAUUCAUAACGCGGAUGGGGACGAUCAUGAUGAGAAUGCACCAGAGGCUGACGAUGGCGAGGCUGACGAUCAAGAAGAUCCACGACCACAAUUUCGGAAGGAAAAUGAAAAUAUCCAAGAAGAUGAAAGCGAUAAAAAUGAUAUUAAAGAUGGUACAAGCGAUGAGAAUGGCGAGGGUGACGAAAAUCUAGUCGAACACUUUCGCCGCGAAAAUGAAGACCAUCAAGAGACUGAAACUUACCGAGAACAUGACAUGGAUGGCGACAAUGACGAGGACACCACAGGUGAGAACGACGAAACUGACGAAGACAACAAUGGUAGUAGCAAUGAUGAAGGUACCUCUAUCAAUGCGGAGAUUACAAAAGCGCGACGUGGAGGGGCACUACACGCCAAGUACAAGCCGAUGGAACUUGAUCGAUUCCGUAGCCCGCUGCUGAAAAAGCUGCAAGAUUACGAUCGCAAACAGAAACGGAAGGGAUUCUUUGGCAUUUUCUUUGGGGGAACGAAAGACAAUGCAGCAGCACACAAUGUCGAGUCUGAUGUGUUGACGAAAACAAUGAGAGCAAACACUCCAGGCACAGAAGAGUUCAUUGCCAGAAGAAAGUCCUUGGAUGAGAUUAUCCAAAAAGCAAGGAAACGAUGGAGAAACCGUGGGUCGAUUAGCAACAGCAUGACGAUUGGAAUGUUGCCGUACCACAAGGACGUUCGCGGGAGAAGACGACCUUUGGUUCGGUCGUACGCACAUCUGUCAGAAGAAGAAGGAUUGAUCCUGGAUGUGACGCAUUCAUUUGUAAUGGGACUGAAAUAUGGUCUCUUUGUCAAGAGCAACCAACUCGACUCAAAUCAACUAAAUACCUUUCGUGACUAUCUCGAUCUCCUCGGUGUUUCUUUGCCACCGGAAUGGCGUCUUCACAAGCUAAUUUUGGAGUUAAGACAAAAUUAUGUCAAAGUAGGUAAGGGCCGAUCCAAUUUAUUGGAAAUCUUGGACAAAUAUCAGAUUCAAGAAGGAUGGAGCAAGGAUUGUACGAAAGGCAAAUUUACAUGUGGCUUCUGGAAGCUGUUGCACACUUCAACUGUUGGCAUUGCUGAGAACCGUGGUGGGUUGAACCUAAUUGAAUCUGGGCUGAUUCUUCAAUCGGCGAGGACUUUCUCCCCCUUGGAAGCGGCUAACGCGAUACGAAACUACAUUGACCAUUUUUUUACUUGUGGACCAUGCCGAAAAGAAUUCAUUGCAACCUAUGACUCCUGUGAAAACAAUCGGAGAUGCGAUAGACUGACGGAAGAAUUAGAGGGUGCAAGUGUUGCUGAUUGGAAAGAAUUGCCAACUUGGCUAUGGGAAGUUCAUAAUGAAGUUUCAGUGCGAGUAGUAAAAACUCGGGCAAACAGCAUGAAUGCCGGUCUGCCAACAAAGGACAAACAUGAGCUUUCCGCGACAGAGCAGCUAGAGGUUCUUUGGCCUCAAAUAAAAGAUUGUAUUGCAUGCUUCAAGGAAGAUGGAAGUUGGAAGGAGGCCGGCAUUUUCACGUUCCUUGAAAGCAAAUACUGGCAUGGUACUGAGAUCGAUCCCAAGUACGACCGGUUGCUAAAGUUUGAGAGAGAACCGUCGUCCAGCUCGGUCCCAGUCGUAUUCCUCCUUGGGCUUCUAGUCAUGUACUUUGUGUUGAAGUCGGUCAAGGGACGGAGCAACGUGAUUCAAGUUUCUGUCAUCAAGGCGAAACAAUUAGCAUCCUCAAAAACUUGGCAGGGCAAGAAGUCGCGCUUUAAGGACUAG